AUGUUUCGGACUCCAUCAUCACUCAUUGACGAACCUCACGCCAUCGGUACAAUUUCCAUCGACAAGAACGCCGCCAACAACACCACCAGCACCCAGGGUCCGCCUGUAACCAAGCGAAGGGACUCUCUCGGACGUCGAUCAUCCGCCGGCGAAUCACUACGCGACUGCUCUCCAACAGAGGCAGAUCAGCCUCAUUCGGCGAAAUCUCCUGGCUCAAUCCAAUCUGUGAGUGUCAUUCAUCAGAACUGUCAGCCGAUACCAGCUGACCAACUACGCUAUGUGCCUCAGGCAGCAGCAAAGCUCACCCCCAAUUGCUCUGAUUCAAGCUCUGCCUCAGCACAGGAACCACUUGAAGCUCAGCCACCCUCACCAUCUCCACCCGCCCCCCAACCCUACAUUGAUCCUGUCGAAUUUCAUCGUCGCAUCAACCCCGACUGGAACUCCUUUCCAGAAUUCGAGAACGACAUAUACGCCGAUACGCAACCGUAUUCGAUUUCACUAGAACCAGAUUCUGCGCAAGAGAACCCUCUGAAGAAGAUGCCCGCCGUCAACGAUGUUUCCGAUUGGUUAGAAGAUCGACACAUGUAUUACGACAAUGACGAGGACAGACAGUAUGGAGAAGUCAUUAUCGCACAGGCCAAAGAGAUCUUGGAUGAGCCUCGAUCGCAUUCCCCGACCGCCACCCUCACGGCACCCGAAUUGCAACGCAUCCUGAAAGAGUCUGCUGGGAAGAACGAAGAGACUUACAUCAUCAAACUCUUCUCUGUUCUUAAACAUGAUAAAAGAAUGAUUAUAGCCCCAGAUCCGACAGCUGACCAAGCGAAGCCAUGGAUAGAGAAAGCUUGGGCCCAGGAUGGGCUAGAAACCAAGUACAAGGCGAAUUUAAGAUCGCACUCUGUUCCCCCAACAACUACCGAAGACGAGUGGGUCCAACUGUUUUUGACGAAAGAGGAACAGACGAAAGGGGCAUUUGCGCCCACAGUACCAGACGUGAUCUUCGGCAUCGAGCGUAGAUCUAUCCCUGAAUCGCACCGAAGGCUUUUCAAUAACACGUAUUGUGAGAUUGCGGGUGGUUGUUACAACGCCUUUUUGGCAUGGGACAUCAAGUCCCGGGAGCGCCCCCUGCACGAGGCCAUCAAUCAGUGCGUCAAAGGCGGUGCGACCUUGUGCAAUAACAAAUUCAUGUGGGACCAUGUGGCCGCCGGACUUGCCCACCCCAUCGAUGUGCGCCAAGGAAAUGCCGCUUCAGUCGAAUCCUCAACAGCGAGUUCCGUAGCGCCCGAGAAGUCCAUCGACUCGUCGAAAGCCAAGUCUGUGAAUUAUCCCCAAGCUCAUAUGUCGUCUUGGGUCUACACAAUCGCAAUGGACCAAAGGACGGCUACUAUCAACGUCAAUUGGUGCUUGGAGACUUCGGCUACGAGCCAAAAAUGGCAUAUGCAUCAAUUAUACGAAUAUUCCAUAACGCGUGAGGAUGACACCGAGCGGGAAAAGCUGGUGCGUCACAUUAGGAACAUUCUAGAUUGGGGUGUGGGGGCGCGCAAGGACGCUAUGGCCUUGCAAGCAGACAAGAUCCUGGAGCGUCGUGAGAAGGAGCAGAAGAAAGAUGGCGAGGGUCGGGAUCGCAAGCGGCAGAGGGAGCAGGAGUGA